AUGGCGAGAGGACUGAAGAAACACUUGAAGAGGCUCAAUGCUCCUAGCCACUGGAUGUUGGACAAGCUUGGUGGUGCUUUUGCCCCCAAGCCGUCAUCUGGACCCCACAAGGCAAGGGAGUGCUUGCCUUUGAUUCUCAUUCUGCGAAACAGGCUGAAAUAUGCUCUUACUUACCGUGAAGUCAUUGCUAUUCUGAUGCAACGCCAUAUCCUUGUUGAUGGGAAGGUCAGGACUGAUAAGACAUACCCUGCUGGCUUUAUGGAUGUGGUUUCAAUUCCAAAAACCAAUGAGAAUUUCCGUCUACUGUAUGAUACCAAAGGCCGGUUCCGUCUCCAUGUAAUUAGGGAUGAGGAGGCUAAGUUCAAGCUCUGCAAGGUCCGUACAGUCCAGUUCGGACAAAAAGGCAUUCCCUACCUCAACACCUAUGAUGGGAGGACCAUCCGCUACCCGGACCCACUCAUCAAGGCUAACGACACCAUAAAGCUCGACUUGGAGAGCAACAAGAUUGUCGAUUUCAUCAAAUUUGACGUUGGGAAUGUUGUCAUGGUCACUGGUGGCCGGAACAGGGGACGAGUUGGGGUAAUCAAGAACCGUGAGAAGCAUAAGGGUAGCUUUGAGACUGUCCAUAUUCAGGAUGCAACUGGGCAUGAGUUUGCUACUCGUCUGGGCAAUGUGUUCACUAUUGGAAAGGGUACAAAGCCGUGGGUUUCCCUUCCCAAGGGCAAGGGUAUUAAGCUAUCCAUCAUAGAGGAGGCUAGGAAGAGGCUUGCGGCUCAGGGUGCAACAGCUUAG